UGAGGAUCAGUGCUGGUGGGACGAAAGCACUGAUACAAGACUCCUACUUUAUUUUACUGAGUUGCGGAAAUUCAAACCCGAUUUCGUUCUAAAUUUUAAGCUUCUAUAUUUGCCCGGGCUCCUUCAAAAAUAAUUGUAAAACUAUAAAGAUAAUGACGAGUUGCUGUCGGCUGUAAUGACCAGGCAAGUAUCAGCCCAUCACGCCGUAUGCUAUUAAUAUCCACAGUACACAGUUCAAGAGAUGCCUUUACCUACGAUGGAUGCAGAUACGACACAUAGAAAAUACAGAGCUAUUGCUAAUAGCAUCGUUGAUAAACUAUUCUUCUAUGAAACAGAUAGUAAACAUUGGAAGUGUAUAACAUCUGAGGACAAUUUCUCCAUGCAUGUUACACAGUCUGACGAGUUUGAUGGAAUAUUAGUGAAAGUAGAAUGCAUUAUGGACUUUCCGCCACAUAAAAUUGUCGAGAUGUCUCUGGAUUUCGAAUGGCUCAAGACCUUCGAGGAGAGAAUCAUCGUCAUGGAAGUUGCGGAAAAGAUAGACGAGGAAUUACAAAUAUUUCAUCUUAUUUCCGGCGAUUUUUUAUUCGGAUUGAUCUCUUCAAGAGAGUUUGUCAGUUUAUUUGGUGUUCGACACCUCCCAGAUAAAAACGCUAUUCUAAUUUACAAUAGGAGCGUGGACCAUCCUGAUUAUCCAGAGGUCAAUGACCGUGUUAGAGGGCAUAUGUACUCUUCUGGAAAGUAUUACUACUCAAUAGAAGGGGAGCCCAACAAGACUCGCUUUGUCGAGUUCACCCAAACAGAUGUCAAAAUGUCCAUUCCAAAUUUCUUAUUAGAGCAGUUGGCUCCGAAAUUCGCCAAGCACAAUUUGGAAAAACUCACGACUCACGCCAACGAGAGAUUAAAACGGGAAGUGGCGUUAAAAGAGGAUUCUACAGCUGAGUCAGAGGAGAGCAACCAAUGA